AUCCUGGUUACGAUCGAGCACUUUCAGAGAAGUUACACCUCAGCCUGCUCUAUACCUUUUGCACCCAAAGCGACCACAUCGGACGACAAAGACACCAUCAGAGGCUGCCCUCAAAACGAUCAAGGAGUACCAAAACAACGACAUUAUCACCUUCUUUGGCGUAAGUGGCUGUGGAAAGACGCGGGCUGUCGUGGAAAUGCUUGCGCAGAACUGAGGAUUCUAUCUGAAUGGCAGCCAGGCGGAUAGAGGUUCAAAGGACAUCACCACUUUGUUCGAGUCAGCACAGAAAAUGCCGACACGGUAUUUGUCGUCCGAUAAGGUGCAGAAUGGCCUCAACAUUCAGGCGAUUACAGGCUGUCUUCUUAUUUCGCGUCUUAUGGUCCUGCAAUUCUGUCUGAGUCUCGGCCGCCAUGACACAUUUACCUGUGAGCGUUGGAUGUUGCUCCAAGUGUGCCCAGGAGCCUUUGAUGCUACAGUAUCGGAUGUCUUUAACGACGUUUUCAGGGAUGUACUAAACACCUACCAUGACCAGACGCCGGCUAUUCCUCUUUCGAGCUUGAAGCGCCUAUUGCAGGAUCGAUUUCGUAAGGUUCAAGGUCAGAUCUCCUCGUUUGCUGCCGAUUCUCCGACGAGCAAGCUUCUCGUCGUCUUCGAUGAAGCGCAGACUCUGAGCGAUCAUGGGAGGGAAUAUUUCGUGUCACGCGCGGAUUCCAGAGAUUUGAGGUCGAUCCUCUCUCCUAGCAUCCAUGGGCCCAGAAACAUUUCAGAAAGCGAGAGAGAUUACUGCGUGGUGACAUGUGGCACAGGCAUUAGUGCGGACGAACUUGAAGUAUUGGCGAACUCCGGCGGCAUUGCAGGCAGCUUGGAUCAAAUAGAACGCCGUAUCGUCGACUUCCCAGGCUGGAAAACGGAGGACCAAGUGUCUGUGUACCUCAACAAUCUUGGAGAUGCGAUGUGCGAGGACGAUAGAACGAGACUUCAUACAAUAAUCCCGGAAGCAGCUGUCCAAGAGUUGUUUUUCAGACUUAGAGGUCGGUUCCGUCCAAUCAUCACGACGAUCGAGGACAUCAUCGCGAAAGGAUGCACGUCAUACUGGAGGGAAGCUAUCGGACGCAGAGUCCGAGCACUGCCUCACUAGGACUGCCUUGGAGCUUGCGAGGAGAGGAGCCGAUCUUGGUCGAGAGCGCUUUCGGUCGUCUCUGCAUUGCUGCUGACAAGACUGCUGUUGGAAAGAAGAUCAGCACCAUAAUUGAUGAGCCAUUCGUAUUCCAGGCCGCCUAUAACU